AUGGCGACGAUAGAGAGCAGCGCGUGCUACCUGCCGCUCGCGCUGGUGGACAAGUGCCUGGGCACGAAGGUGUGGAUCAUCAUGAAGCACGAGAAGGAGAUCACGGGCGUGCUGCGCGGAUUCGACGACUACAUGAACAUGGUGAUGGAGGACGUGACGGAGUACACCUUCACCGACUCGGGCAUCCAGACGACCGAGCUCAAGGACGCGCUAAUAAACGGCAACAACAUCGCAAUGAUCGUCCCCGGUGGACGCCCCUCCUGA